UGGAAGGGUGUCAAAGUCACAAGAUCACCGAGCUUUCCCGGGAGCCAUGGUUGAAGGAGAGGAGGCGACGGCAACAAGCACGGUCAAAACUUAGUUCGCUACACCUCAGAGUGUCGACUCAUCAUCAGUUCUAUUCAAUUCUCCUGGUGUCCUGAUCUCUCGCAAAAUCGUCGUUAGGAUCCUUUGCGCAUCACAAAAAAGCCCCUGACUUACAUGUUUCGUGACCCAUGUGAUCCCUUGGCUGGCCUUGCCCGUCAUUUGUCACCCUCCGAAGUAUGGUUAGUUAUAGGGAAUUGACACAAUUAGAUCGGAUUCACUGGACUAUGAGACCCUCCGGGUUGAUAAGAUCUGCUCCGCUAAGUCCUCUCAUGAUUGUUGACGAUCGACUUUGCAUUGACGGAAAGUUUUGGGCUUUAUGUUAUAUUCUUGAUUUUCACAACACAAAAGUCGUGGGCUUCAAGCGAGCUCAACCACCUGCCAUGGUCCCAUUGACCAUUGAGACGACAAAAGUGCACAUGCGUUAUAAAUGUUCGGAUCAUGCGUACGAGGUGAUGAUGUGUCUGGUCUGUCACAAAACGGUAGACGGGUCGGGUCAGUUGGGCUAUCGGUGGCUCUCGGCUCGAAAGAAGCGACCAUCAGCACACGGCUCUUCCGCUCUUUCAAAUAACGACAGUCGCAUAUCUGGGGAAGUGGACAGGCUUGUUGUGGGAGCUGUGACGUGGCCGCACCGGCUCUUUUCUCUGCUCAGCGUGACUGAUGAAAACAAAUUAGUACCCGAGCAUCGGUUUGCAACAUAGGCAAGACUUUCUCAAUAACAGAGGUGGAACAUGGAAAAUAAGGAGAGGUGUAUACCAGCGAGCGAACGGAGGCUCUCAUCCUGUUACCUGCUCACAUGGGGCAGAAUGACCGCGACAAAAUGAGCGUUGCUGUCUCAAGGGUAUCAACACACUGUCCCUUCAACGCUGCCAGCCUACGCCAUCGAUUUCAUCAUCUUCCGCAGUCUCAACGGUCUGCGUGAAGAUUCUGCCCUCAUAGCCACGCCG